CAAUCUUCAUCUUGGAUGCUGUCUAUAAAUCGGGAACGAGCAUAUCCAGAGCAGAAAUUGCGACUAUUUUGGAUUUAUAAAAAGGUAAGCAUUGCCUUUUGGCUUUAAGCGGAUGACUGAACUAAAUGUAGCAAAAAGCUAAAAACAGCUCAAUUGUCGACACACCCACUCAACGCCUUUCACACCUCUUUAAAGCGAAGCGCGCGAAAAUAGUGUAGGUAAAAAGGAAGGAAAAUUCCAUUUUAGCGCGAAAAAAGAAAGCCAUGAAAAUAUGUGCAAUCGCCAUAAAAAAGUGCAACUGUCAACGAAACACAAAAAACUUUGUUGUUGUUUACAAUUUGCCGUUGUUGCAACAGCAGCAGCAGCAGCAGCAGCAGCAGUGCGCUUGCAAAAUAUUGAAUUCAAUUUAAAGCGCAAGGGGCGUUCAUAAAUCUCCGACAAUUGUGCGCAAAGGAGCGGGAGAAAGGCCCACAGGGCAGGGGAAUCGGUGAAAGAGUUAAAGUCGGAUUAUGGUCAUGCCCUCCCUUCGCUUCGCUUCGCUUCCCUACCCUUCCCUUCCCGCCCCAACCCAUUCCAUCCCAACCACUUAUUGUCCGCCGUCGCCUUCUCAUCCGCUCACUCAUUUAUUCCUUUUGAUUGCAGUCGUGCGAGGGAGGUGCAAACGGAGGGGAGAUCGUAAACUGUCAGCGCAAUUAAAAUAAAUUGAAACUGAACUUUCGCACACACAGUGAGAAAAUCUUAUUUAUGGUCCCUGGAAAAUAUUAAAGCAAAUCGCUUAACAGUCAAUAUUUUAAAAUAAUAUCUCCCAUCAUCAGUACCUUUUUCUUAAGGUUUAAAAAUAUAUUUAUAAAACUUUUACUUCGCUGUAAUUUGAACCAUAUAAUUGUAAUUAAAUUCAAGUUUUUUGAACUCGUUUUGUUUAAAGAAAAUAGAGGUUAUCCUAACUAAUAUCCUGAUCACGAGUUAAGCCCUUGAUAAACUUUUAUGUCUGUUACACAGAUUCUGUAUCUCAAAUCAGUGUUCUCUAUGCAAAAUAUUAGCAAUGGUUCUUAUAAAAACUUAAGCUAUAAAAAUUGAAAGAAUAAUUUGGUUUUUCUCUGUGUGAAUAUGAAAUUUAAGAUAACUUUUCCCGCCCAGCUGUCGCAUAAUUCAUCAACUAUUUAGGCGGCAACAGAAGGAAAAUUGAAGAAAAAUUUGCGUGUGUGUCGCAAAAAGUUUUUCAUUUUUAGCAUCUUGAUGUUUGAAGACACAGGGGGAAAUGGUGAAGUGGAGCGCAGCAACUUUGCCUGGUAGCCGGGCCAGAAAACGGUUUGCCUGCCAUGGCCAUGGGCAACUAAAUGAACGUUCCACAGUCUUCGGUCUUCAGUCUUUAGUCCGCCGUCCGUGGUCUGUAGUCCGUCCCUUUCUGUCCGUUCCGUCCGUCGUCCAACCCAUCUCUUUCCCCUGCCCCAUCGCCCGUCUCUUUCUGUUCGCUUACCUUCCUUCUCAGCUCGUAUCUCAAAUUGUUCAACUUCAUCAGCAAAAAAGUAAGGGAAAAGAUGCUGCUGCUGUGGAUUGUAGAUGUGAUUGUGUACUGAAAAAAAUAUAUAAUAAUUUUAAAGUAUUUAACCAAUAAUAUAUAAAUCAAACCUCUGAUGAACAUCAAAAGAGAAAAGUAUGGUUGAUAACCAAAAAGCUCUUUUCGGAAUGCAAACUAAUAAAAUAGUUUUGAUCUAUUAAGAUAUAUUAAAAGUCUUGAAAAUGUAAAAUUUGUAGAUUGCUAAAUGAAAAUUAUUUCUUAAAUAUGGUCAUAUAAGAACUUGCUUUUAUGCAACAACGCUUAUAAAGAACUUUUUUCUUCUGUGUACCAAAUCACACCAAGUCAGGCAAUCCCUUAUCCCCUACAUAUCUCCUCUGCCCCUCCCUCACUCCUCAUUCGAUUGUCAUGAGUCUGAGACCGAGACUCUUUGCUUUUGUCCUUUUUGUUUUCGAACGGCAGCAGGCAGCAUCGGGCGACUAAGACCCCGAGGACCCAGAGCACUUGAGCAUGGUUUCUGAGUCGAGGAAGUCAAGGGAGAUACUCGUACGGUGAGGGAUCGGGAUUCGGGAGUCGGGAGUUGGGAAAGGGCUGGAGGGUUUCUGAGGAGCCGCACGAGAAGUUAAGCGGAUGCAUAAUACGGCAAAAAUGGCUUGAAAACGAGAAGGGAAUGCUGUACAUAGGGGACUCGAUACUUUUAAUACCCUUCAGCUUACAGGGUUAUACAAAAUAUAUUUAAAUAGGAUUACUUAAGGUAAAUUUGAAGUAAUAAAUAUCAGAAAGGGAUAAAGGCUUUAUUAAGACAUCAGCUGAACGGGGAUCAAUUGAAAAUAAGUUUAAUUGAAACUGAAUAACUGCCACAAAAUGUAAUGAAAAUAGUAUUUUUUGUGGAUCUGUCAUUGUUCCUAGUUUGUUCAGUCAAAAUUCCAAUUCAAGGAGCUGCCAGAAUGGCCUUCGUCCAGUGUGACGAAAAUGACUUCGACGCCCUUCGAGAGGCUCAAAGGAUGGUGGACUCUUGCCAGGACUUUGCGGACCACUUGAUCGUGGCCGAAUUCCUGCCCCAUUGUCGUUGGGUGGCCUACAUCAAUAUUCGCACCCUCGAGCAGGUCAUCUAUUGUGUGCAGCUAAGUCGCGUUGGCUAUCGGAUCGUGGCCUAUGACUUUGAUAACGUGGCCGAUGAGGUGGCCAAUUGUGACACCGUCUAUGAGUCUGCCCACCAGCUGUUGGCCGGCAUAAGUCCAUUGUAUGCUGAGAAAUAUGGCCACGGACGAGAGCCUCUGAGGAAGCGAAAGGAGCAGUAGUCACAACGGGGCGUGGCAUGUGAAGAAUUUGUCUGCUAAUUGCUAAUUGCCGCCCCAAAAAGUGAUAAUUAAGCGUUUUGCAGGUAAAUGACUUGAUUGCAAUAAUAAAGCCCGAGGCAGUGAGUUGGA